AUGGAUGAGAUUCAGCCCGCGGAGCUCUCGCGAGGGCUGCAGAUCGGGCUCCUCUCGUCCUGCUCCAAGUCAUUCGCACUCGGCGUUCUGUUCCAUUGGAGCAUCGUCCGAGUCGAGAUAGACGGCCAAGGAUGGAGACUCGUCGGGGUGUACUUAGCAUCGGUGAUGUUUCUCUGGGCGUUGUUCGCCUUACUUGGUCACAUGCACGCCCUGGAGGCGGCCUUCCGCACCGCCUGCGUGGCGAACUCGUUCAAGCUUGGCCUCGCUGCCAGCAUCCUCGCCUACCGAUUGCUGUUCCACAGCCUGAGGAAGUUCCCCGGCCCCAAGUAUGCUGCGGCAUCUCGGUUCUAUGCAAUGUUCCUGGCAUGCAAGAACACCCAGUACAGCGAUGAGGUGGAGAAGUUGCACAAGCAGUACGGGGACUUUGUGCGUAUUGGACCCCGCGAAAUCUCCAUCAACCGUCCUGCCGCUAUACGCCUCAUCUACGGUCCUCCAUCUCGCUGCAAGAAGUCCCCGUGGUAUUCUCAGGUGACGGAGGACGUGACCAAAUGCUCCAUCAACUCGACACGCGUCCUCGAAGUCCAACGUCAGCGCCGACGUGCCUGGGACCGCGGCUUCAGCAUUAAAGCCCUGUCCAACUACGAACCCCGGGUCAAAGCUAAAAUGGACACGCUGAUCCAGCAGCUGCGGCGACUCAGCGAGGCCAAAGCCCCCGUCAACGGCACGGCGUGGUCCAUGUUCUUCUCUUUUGACGUCAUGGGCGAGGUCGGGCUGGGCCGGGACUUCAAGACGCUCGAGGCCGGCAAGGAGCACCCGACCAUCAAGGGCAUCCACGACUCGAUGGCGGCCAUCGGGCUGCUGACGCCGGUGCCGUGGCUGCUGCGCAUGGCGGCGGCGGUGCCGGGAGCGGCGAGCAGCCUGACGGCUUUCAUGACGUACUGCUCGCAGCAGGUGCGGGAGAAGGAGAAGGAAGUGCACAGCGACGCCGACCCGCAGGACAUCCUCUCGUGGCUGAUCAAAGCCCGGUUCGAGCACGACAAGUCGGCGCCGCCGGGCGAGAUGGCGCUGCACGAGGACGCACGCCUGCUCAUCAUCGCCGGGAGCGACACCACCGCCGCCGCCCUCGCCAACACCCUCAACUUCUUCGUCCGCCACCCCCGCGUCCUCGCCAAGCUCCAAUCCCAGCUCGACGCCGCCUUCCCCCGCGGCGACGACGGAUCGCUGUCCAGCAGCGCCAUCGCGAAAUCCGUGCCAUACCUCGACGACAUCAUCCACGAGACGCUGCGGCUGCGGCCGCCCGUCCCCAGCGGCCUGGCGCGCGUGACGCCCCCCGAAGGCCUGGUCGUCGACGGCGUCCACAUCCCCGGCGACACCAUCGUGAGCGUGCCGACGCAGGCGCUGCAGCGCGACGAACGCAACUUCGAGCGCGCCGCGGAGUUCCGGCCGGAGAGGUGGAGCGAGGAAGGGCCGCCGCUGAAUCCCGAGACGGCCGCUUUCAUUGCGUUUUCGCGGGGCGCCAUGAACUGCGCGGGGAAGCAGCUGGCCAAGAUGGAGCUGCGCAUGUUCCUGGCGCGGGUGGCUCUGAAUUUCGACGUCGGGUAUGCGGAGGGCGAGACGGGCGAGGUGUUUGAGAGGGGGCAGUUGGAUACGUUUACCUUGACGUUGCCGCCGUUGAUGUUGAGCUUUACGCCCAGGCACUCUGCCGGGGCGUGA